AUGGGCGACAUGGCAAAUGAGAUCAAGCUGCUCUCGGGCAACAGCCAUCCGAGCCUGGCCAAGGCCGUGGCCGAUCGGCUCGGGAUCGAGAUCGCAAAGACCAUGUCCUUGAACUACUCGAACCAGGAGACGUCAGUUACCGUCGGUGAAUCAGUGCGAGACGAGGACGUCUUCAUCCUGCAGUCCACGGCGCCCAACAACAUCAACGACGGCGUCAUGGAGCUGCUGAUCAUGAUCCACGCCUGCCGCACCGCCAGCGCCCGCCGCAUCACGGCCGUCAUCCCCAACUUCCCCUACGCCCGCCAGGACAAGAAGGACAAGAGCAGAGCCCCCAUCUCGGCCAAGCUCAUGGCCAACAUGCUGGUCACGGCCGGCUGCAACCACGUCAUCACCAUGGACCUGCACGCCAGCCAGAUCCAGGGCUUCUUCAACGUCCCCGUCGACAACCUGUACGCCGAGCCCAGCGUGCUGAGGUGGAUCAGAGAGAACUUUACCGAUGAGGACAUCGUCAUUGUCAGUCCCGACGCAGGUGGUGCCAAGAGAGCAACCUCGAUAGCCGACCGUCUGGACCGCGGCUUCGCCCUGAUCCACAAGGAGCGCCCGCGCCCCAACGUCGUGGGCCGCAUGGUGCUGGUGGGCGACGUGAAGGACAAGGUGGCCAUCCUGGUGGACGACAUGGCCGACACGUGCGGCACGCUGGCCAAGGCGGCCCAGGUGCUGCAGGACAACGGCGCCAAGGAGGUCGUGGCCAUCGUCACGCACGGCAUCCUCAGCGGCGACGCCAUCAACAUCCUCAACAACAGCUGCCUCAGCCGCAUCGUCGUCACCAACACGGUGCCCCUCGGCGACAAGCAGGACCAGUGCAAGAAGCUGCGCGUCAUCGACGUCUCGCCCACCAUCGCCGAGGCCAUCCGAAGGACGCACAACGGCGAGAGUGUUAGUUUCUUGUUCACGCACGCGCCCGUCUAG